GAGUUAGGGCAUGGAGGUGAAAGACGGACUCUUCCUCUACUUUCACAUCGUUACACUGUGAUUUCUUUGGGUAGGCAAAGAGAAGGGACGGUCUACCGGCAAGGUUGUCAGGGUUAUAUGAGACAAUGCGGAAGAGGUCGGCGGCCAUUUUGUGGUAGUCCACCAGGUGAGCAAUUCUGAACUGCCAAUGACACAGAACUACACCUCCCAGAAUACUCUAUUGCAGCCUCUGAUUAUUUCCUGGUAUUGGGCAGAGUUGCAGGGGGUAGAAGCUGCUUUGCUGUCCUGUCACCUGGAGCAGGUGAUUAUCUCUGCUGCCAGCUCCUCCAAAAGAGUCUACUUCCUAACUGGUCCACGAAGGAUGGACACGGACAGGAACAAGAUGACUGCGAGGAUAUUAAACCUCACUCUGGAGAUCAUCUACCUGUUGACUGGGGAGGAUUACACAGUAGUGCAGAAGUCUGAUAAAUGUGAGACACCCAGCCGCCGCCCCCGUGUGUCAGGAGGACUGAGCAGGACCCAGAGCCCCAUCACGGUGCCUCCACCUCAAUCACUGAUACAUGAGAGACACAAUGAAAAGAAGAUCCUGGAUCUCACCAACAAGAUCAUUCAUCUGCUGACUGGAGAGGUUCCUAUAAGGUGUGAGGAUGUCACCGUCUAUUUCUCCAUGGAGGAGUGGGAGUAUAUAGAGGAACACAGGGGUCUGUACAAGGACACAAUGAUGGAGAAUCACCGGCCCCUCACAUCACUGGAUGGAGCCAGUAACAGGAAUACCCCAGAGAGAUGUCCCCGUCCUCUUUAUUCCCAGGACUGUACAGAGGAGAAUCACAGUGUCCCACAGGAGGAUCAGAGUGAAGCCCAGACUGAUAUUACUGUUGAAGAUACAGAGGGAGAAGAGGAGAUGUAUGUGAUGGAUGAUCAGCAGUGUAAGGAGGAGGAAAUCCCUACAGAUAUCAGCACAGAUGGAGUCAGUAACAGGAAUACCCCAGAGAGAUGUCCCCGUCCUCUUUCUUCCCAGGAUCAUACAGAGGAGAAUCACAGUGUCCCCCAGGAGGGUCAGGAUGAAGACCUGAUUGUUAUUAAAGUAGAAGAUACAGAGGGAGAGGAGACGUAUGUGAUGGAUGAUCAGCUGUGUAAGGAAGAGGAGGAAAUUCCUACAGAUAUGAGCACAGCAGAUGGACACCACAGCGAGAACACUUCCGAGGGACACCUCUGUUUAUCUCCAGAUAACCACAUCACACGUGACACUCUAGCAGAAAAUCUCCUCACCGCGUAUAUAAAGCCAUUACUUCAUUGUGCAGAUAUACCAUAUAAUCCAUAUUAUGUGGGAUGUUCUCCUGAUAAACCGGAUACUACUGCAUGUGAUGUAGCCUCCAGAGGAGAGAAAAUAUUUCCAUGUCCUGAACGUGGCAAAACAUUUACCCGGCAUGCAAAAUUUUUUAAUGCUCAGAAACUGCCCACAGCCAGGAAGCCAUACCCUUGCUAUCAGUGCGGAAAAUGUUUUCUAAAGAAAUCGGAUCUUGUUCGGCACCACAGAAUUCACACCGGCGAGAAGCCGUUUUCUUGCUCGGAUUGUGGGAAAUGUUUUACGCAGAAAUCCAACCUCCUCACACAUCAGAGGAUUCACACCGGUGAGAAGCCAUUUUCUUGUUCAGAGUGUGGGAAAUGUUUUGCACAGAAAUCAGGUCGUAUUGACCACCAGAGGACCCACAUGGACGAGAAGAGAUUUAGGCAUUCUGACAGUGGAAAAUGUUUUACGCAGAAGCCAGGUCCCAUUAGUCAGCAAGGUCUCCACAUAGACGGGAAGCCAUUUUCAUGUCCCGAGUGUGGGAAAUGUUUUCUGAAGAAGUCAGAUCUUGUUCGGCAUCAUAGGAUUCACACAGGGGAGAAGCCAUUUACAUGUACGGGUUGUGGGAAAGGUUUUGCACAGAAAUCCAACCUUUUUACACAUCAGAGAACACAUUCAUGCACAAAGCCAUUAUCAAGUUCUGAGCGUGGGAAAUGUACUGCACAGAAACCAAAUCGAUUGGACCCUCAGAGGACCCGUAUGGAUGAGAAGGCCGUUAGAUGCUCGGAUGGUGGUAAAUAUUAUACACAGAUAUCAGGUCCCGUUAGUCAGCAAAUAAGUGGAAAAUAUUUUACACAGAAGCCAGGUCCCAUUAGUCAGCAAGGUCUCCACAUAGACGGGAAGCCAUUUUCAUGUCCCGAGUGCGGGAAAUGUUUUCUGAAGAAGUCAGAUCUUGUAAGGCAUCAGAGAAUUCACACGGGGGAGAAGCCAUAUUCCUGUUUGGGUUGUGGUAAAUGUUUUACACAGAAAUCCAACCUUAUUACACAUCAGAGAAUCCACACCGGUGAGAAACCAUUUUCCUGUUCCAAGUGUGGCAAACGCUUUACACAGAAGUCAGAUUGUGUAGAUCAUCAGAGAAUCCACAUGGAUGAGAAGAGUUUUAGAUGCCCCGCCAAUGAGAAAUAUUUUUUGCCCAAGCCGGAUCCCGUUAAUCAACAAAUAAUCCACACGGGGGAAAAGCCAGUUUCAUGUUCCGAGUGCGGGAAAUGUUUCCUGCGCAUAUCGCAUCUUCUUAGACAUAAGAGAAUUCAUACAGGAGAGAAGCCAUUUCCGUGUACAGAGUGUGGGAAGUAUUUUACUCAGAGAUCAAGUCUGGUCGAGCACCAGGCAAUUCACAUGGGCGAGAAGCCAUUUACAUGCUCCGAGUGUGGGAAAUGUUUUACAAAGAAAUUUGAUCUGCUCAGGCAUCAGAGGAUUCACACAGGGGAGAAACCAUUUCUGUGUUCCGAGUGUGGGAAAUGUUUUACGCAGAAAGGAAUUCUUGUAAGACAUCAGAGGAUUCACAAAGAUAAAGGGGUAUAUGCAAUUCACGGCGAAUCGCGGCAAUUUUUUGCCCUUUUUUAAUUCGACACAAUUCGACAGGUGAAUUCCGGCAGGUGGCUGCCGGAAUUCACCAUAUUCAAUGAAAAACGGAUUCGACAGACCCACGGGCGAAAAUCGGCCGAUUUGGCGGAUUUUGCCGCGAUUUUAAAAAACGGGAAAAACCCGGAAAAAAAAAAGGCGUGGGGUCAAUUCAAGUUUGGAAAUUCGACAGCAGUGCUUUAAGACAGUAAAUUCGUCAUUUUCAAUCCGCCACACUUUGGAGGGUGAAAACAAUAAAAAAAAUG